AUGUCUACAAAAGAUAUGGCUAAAAUAAUUUUUGCCAUUCUAGCAAUUUGUUUUCUUACAAAAACGGAUGGCAAACUUAUCGGUUCUAGGAUGAGAAAUGUGACUCCAGAAGAUAUGCUGGCCUGUGUGAAUGAAUUUGUGACCAACGAGGAGCGACAUACUUGGUUGACAAGUUAUCUGGAACAAAUGAAAGUUUUGAGUGUAGGUAAUCCAGGUCCACAUUCUCAUGAGCCUGAAGGAAUGGAAAGCAAUAAUCCUGCUAACAGCUCUCAAGGAAGCACUGGAGAAACUGGCAAAGCUAAUAGAAAUGUAUUACUUAAUGCUGAAACCUAG